AUGGGAAUGAUGAAUAAUCCCAAUCCUUACGGUUCACCGUAUACUCAGAAUUCUGGACAGCAGAUUGGAGCCAGUGGCCUCGGUCUCCAGAUUCAGACAAAGACUGUACUACCGAAUAGCUUAUCUCCAUUUACUAUGGACAAAAAAGCAGUUCCUGGUGGAGGAAUGCCCAAUAUGGGCCAACAACCGGCCCCACAGGUCCAGCAACCUGGCCUGGUGGCUCCAGUCGCCCAAGGGAUGGGAUCUGGAGCACAUACAGCUGAUCCAGAGAAGCGCAAGCUCAUUCAGCAGCAGCUUGUUCUCCUUUUGCAUGCUCACAAGUGCCAGCGUCGGGAGCAGGCUAAUGGGGAAGUGAGGCAGUGCAACCUUCCCCACUGUCGCACUAUGAAGAAUGUCCUAAACCACAUGACACACUGCCAGUCAGGCAAGUCCUGCCAAGUGGCACACUGUGCAUCUUCUCGACAAAUCAUUUCACACUGGAAGAAUUGUACAAGACAUGAUUGUCCUGUGUGUCUCCCCCUCAAAAAUGCUGGGGAUAAGAGAAAUCAACAGUCAAUUUUGACUGGAGCACCCGUUGGACUUGGAAAUCCUAGCUCUUUAGGGGUGGGUCAACAGUCUACACCCAGCUUAAGCACUGUUAGUCAGAUUGACCCUAGCUCUAUAGAAAGAGCAUAUGCAGCUCUUGGACUACCCUAUCAAGUAAAUCAGAUGCCGACACAACCCCAGGUGCAAGCAAAGAACCAGCAGAAUCAGCAGUCUGGGCAGUCUCCCCAAGGCAUGCGGCCCAUGAGCAACAUGAGUGCUAGUCCUAUGGGAGUAAAUGGAGGUGUAGGGGUUCAGACGCCAAAUCUUCUUUCCGACUCAAUGUUGCAUUCAGCCAUAAAUUCUCAAAACCCAAUGAUGAGUGAAAACACCAGUGUGGCCGCCCUGGGUCCUAUGCCGUCAGCAUCUCAGCCCUCCAGUACUGGAAUUCGGAAACAAUGGCAUGAAGAUAUUACUCAGGAUCUUCGAAAUCAUCUUGUUCACAAACUGGUUCAAGCCAUAUUUCCUACUCCGGAUCCUGCCGCUUUAAAAGACAGACGAAUGGAAAAUCUAGUUGCAUAUGCUAGGAAAGUAGAAGGAGACAUGUAUGAAUCUGCAAAUAAUCGAGCGGAAUACUACCACCUUCUUGCUGAGAAGAUCUAUAAGAUUCAAAAAGAACUAGAAGAAAAACGAAGGACUAGAUUACAGAAACAGAACAUGCUACCAAAUGCUGCUGGCAUGGUACCCGUUUCUAUGAAUCCAGGACCUAACAUGGGACAGCCACAACCAGGAAUGACUUCUAACGGUCCUCUGCCUGACCCAACCAUGAUCCGUGGCAAUGUGCCAAACCAGAUGAUGCCUCGGAUAACUCCACAAUCCGGUUUGAAUCAAUUCAGCCAGAUUAGUAUGCCCCAGCCCCCUAUUGGACCCCGGCAAACCUCCCCUCUUCAGCACCAUGGACAGUUGGCUCAGCCUGGAGCUCUCAACCCGCCUAUGGGCUAUGGUCCUCGAAUGCAGCAGCCUUCCAACCAGAGCCAAUUUCUUUCCCAGACUCAGUUCUCAUCACAAGGAAUGAAUGUAACAAAUAUGCCUUUGCCUCCGUCCAGCGGUCAAGCUCCAGUAUCCCAAGCACAAAUGUCCAGUUCUUCCUGUCCAGUGAAUUCUCCUAUAAUGCCUCCAGGCUCUCAAGGGAGCCACAUUCACUGUCCUCCUCUCCCUCAACCACCUCUGCAUCAGAAUUCACCAUCUCCUGUACCCAGUCGUACCCCCACUCCUCACCACACUCCCCCAAGCAUAGGGGUUCAGCAGGCACCAGCAACAGCAAUUCCAGCCCCUGUUCCUACACCUCCUGCCAUGCCACCUGGGCCACAGUCUCAGGCUCUGCAUCCCCCUUCAAGACAGACGCCCACACCGCCACCAACACAACUUCCCCUCCAAGUGCAGCCUUCCCUUCCUGCUGCUCCUUCAGCUGAUCAGCCCCAGCAGCAGCCUCGCUCACAACAGAGCGCAGCAGCCUCUGUUUCUACCCCAACAGCACCAUUGCUGCCUCCACAGCCUGCAACUCCGCUUUCCCAGCCAGCUAUAAGUAUUGAAGGACAGGUAUCAAAUCCUCCAUCUACUAGUAGCACAGAAGUGAAUUCUCAGACCAUUCCUGAGAAGCAGCCUUCACAGGAUGUGAAAAUGGAGGCCAAAAUGGAAGUGGAUCAGCCAGAACCAGCAGAUACUCAGCCAGAGGACAUUUCAGAGACUAAAGCAGAAGACUGUAAAGUGGAACCUACAGAAACAGAAGAAAGAGGUACUGAGUUAAAAACUGAAAUUAAAGAGGAGGAAGACCAGCCAAGUACUUCAGCUACCCAGUCAUCUCCAGCUCCAGGACAGUCAAAGAAAAAGAUUUUCAAGCCAGAAGAAUUAAGACAGGCACUGAUGCCAACAUUGGAGGCACUUUACCGUCAGGAUCCAGAGUCCCUUCCCUUUCGUCAACCUGUGGACCCUCAACUUCUAGGAAUUCCUGAUUACUUUGAUAUUGUGAAGAGCCCCAUGGAUCUUUCUACCAUCAAGAGGAAGCUAGACACUGGACAGUAUCAGGAGCCUUGGCAAUAUGUGGAUGAUAUUUGGCUUAUGUUCAACAAUGCUUGGUUAUAUAACCGGAAAACAUCACGGGUAUACAAAUACUGCUCCAAGCUAUCUGAGGUCUUUGAACAAGAAAUUGACCCAGUCAUGCAAAGCCUUGGAUAUUGCUGUGGCAGAAAGUUGGAGUUCUCUCCACAGACACUAUGUUGCUAUGGCAAACAGUUAUGUACAAUCCCUCGCGAUGCCACCUAUUACAGUUACCAGAACAGGUAUCAUUUCUGUGAGAAGUGUUUCAAUGAAAUCCAAGGGGAGAGCGUUUCAUUGGGGGAUGACCCUUCCCAGCCUCAAACUACAAUAAAUAAAGAACAGUUUUCCAAGAGAAAAAAUGACACACUGGAUCCUGAACUGUUUGUUGAAUGUACAGAGUGUGGAAGAAAGAUGCAUCAGAUCUGUGUCCUUCAUCAUGAGAUAAUCUGGCCAGCUGGAUUUGUCUGUGAUGGCUGUUUAAAGAAAACUGCACGAACUAGGAAAGAAAAUAAGUUUUCUGCUAAAAGGUUGCCAUCUACCAGGCUUGGCACCUUUUUGGAGAAUCGUGUGAAUGACUUUCUGAGGCGACAAAAUCACCCAGAGUCAGGAGAAGUCACUGUAAGGGUAGUUCAUGCUUCUGACAAAACUGUGGAAGUCAAACCAGGCAUGAAAGCAAGGUUUGUGGACAGUGGAGAGAUGGCAGAAUCCUUUCCAUACCGAACCAAAGCCCUCUUUGCCUUUGAAGAGAUUGAUGGAGUUGACUUGUGCUUCUUCGGUAUGCAUGUUCAGGAGUAUGGCUCUGACUGCCCUCCACCCAACCAGAGGAGAGUAUACAUAUCUUACCUCGAUAGUGUUCAUUUCUUCCGUCCUAAAUGCUUGAGGACUGCAGUGUAUCAUGAAAUUCUAAUUGGAUACUUAGAAUAUGUCAAGAAAUUAGGAUACACAACAGGGCAUAUUUGGGCAUGUCCACCAAGUGAGGGAGAUGACUAUAUCUUCCAUUGUCAUCCUCCUGACCAGAAGAUACCCAAGCCUAAGCGACUACAGGAGUGGUACAAAAAGAUGCUUGACAAGGCUGUGUCAGAGCGUAUCGUCCAUGACUACAAGGAUAUUUUUAAACAAGCUACUGAGGAUCGAUUAACAAGUGCAAAGGAAUUGCCUUACUUUGAAGGUGAUUUCUGGCCCAAUGUUCUGGAAGAAAGCAUUAAGGAACUGGAACAGGAGGAGGAAGAGAGAAAGCGAGAAGAAAAUACCAGCAAUGAAAGCACAGAUGUGACAAAGGGAGACAGCAAAAAUGCUAAAAAGAAGAAUAAUAAGAAAACAAGCAAAAAUAAGAGCAGCCUGAGUAGGGGCAAUAAGAAAAAGCCUGGUAUGCCUAAUGUAUCUAAUGACCUCUCACAGAAACUGUAUGCCACCAUGGAGAAACAUAAAGAGGUCUUUUUUGUGAUCCGUCUCAUUGCUGGCCCUGCUGCCAACUCCCUGCCUCCCAUUGUUGAUCCUGAUCCUCUCAUUCCCUGCGAUCUGAUGGAUGGUCGGGAUGCAUUUCUCACCCUGGCAAGGGACAAGCACCUGGAGUUCUCUUCACUCCGAAGAGCUCAGUGGUCUACCAUGUGCAUGCUGGUGGAGCUGCACACACAGAGCCAGGACCGCUUUGUCUACACCUGCAAUGAGUGCAAGCACCAUGUGGAGACACGCUGGCACUGCACUGUCUGUGAGGAUUAUGACUUGUGUAUCACCUGCUAUAACACUAAAAACCAUGACCACAAAAUGGAGAAACUAGGUCUUGGCUUAGAUGAUGAGAGCAACAACCAGCAGGCAGCAGCCACCCAGAGCCCCGGAGAUUCUCGUCGCCUGAGUAUCCAGCGCUGCAUCCAGUCUCUGGUCCAUGCCUGCCAGUGCCGGAAUGCCAAUUGCUCCCUGCCCUCCUGCCAGAAGAUGAAGCGCGUUGUGCAGCAUACCAAGGGGUGCAAACGAAAAACCAAUGGCGGCUGCCCAAUCUGCAAGCAGCUCAUUGCCCUCUGCUGCUACCAUGCCAAGCACUGCCAGGAGAACAAGUGCCCCGUGCCGUUCUGCCUCAAUAUCAAGCAGAAGCUCCGGCAACAGCAGCUGCAGCAUCGGCUACAGCAGGCCCAGAUGCUCCGCAGGAGGAUGGCCAGCAUGCAGCGGACCGGUGUGGUGGGGCAGCAGCAGGGCCUGCCUUCCCCGACGCCCGCCACUCCAACCACACCAACCGGCCAGCAGCCAACCACCCCACAGACGCCCCAGCCCCAGCCCGCCGCUCAGCCUCAACCCACCCCUCCCAACAGCAUGCCACCCUACUUGCCCAGGACUCAGGGCGCUGGCCCUGUGUCCCAGGGUAAGGCAGCCGGCCAGGUGACCCCUCCAACCCCUCCUCAGACUGCUCAGCCGCCCCUUCCAGGGCCCCCACCUGCCGCAGUGGAAAUGGCAAUGCAGAUUCAGAGAGCAGCUGAGACACAGCGUCAGAUGGCCCAUGUGCAAAUUUUUCAAAGGCCAAUCCAGCAUCAGAUGCCCCAGAUGACUCCCAUGGCCCCCAUGGGUAUGAACCCACCUCCCAUGACCAGAGGUCCCAGUGGGCAUUUGGAGCCAGGCAUGGGGCCAGCAGGGAUGCAGCAACAACCACCCUGGGCCCAAGGAGGAUUGCCUCAGCCCCAGCAGCUACAGUCUGGAAUGCCAAGGCCAGCCAUGAUGUCAGUGGCUCAGCACGGUCAACCCUUGAACAUGGCUCCACAACCAGGAUUGGGCCAAGUAGGUGUGAGCCCACUCAAACCAGGCACUGUUUCUCAACAAGCCUUACAAAACCUUUUGCGGACUCUCAGGUCUCCCAGCUCUCCCCUACAGCAGCAACAGGUGCUUAGUAUCCUUCAUGCCAACCCCCAGCUGUUGGCUGCAUUCAUCAAGCAGCGGGCUGCCAAGUAUGCCAACUCAAAUCCGCAACCCCUCCCGGGGCAGCCUGGCAUGCCCCAGGGGCAGCCAGGGCUGCAACCACCUACCAUACCAGGUCAGCAGGGGGUCCACGCCAGUCCAGCCAUGCAGAACAUGAAUCCCAUGCAGGCAGGCAUCCAGAGGGCUGGCCUGCCUCAGCAGCAGCCGCAGCAGCAACUUCAGCCACCCAUGGGAGGGAUGAGCCCUCAGGCUCAGCAAAUGAACAUGAAUCACAACGCCAUGCCAUCGCAGUUCCGAGACAUCUUGAGACGACAACAGAUGAUGCAGCAGCAGCAGCAGGGAGCAGGGCCAGGAGUAGGCCCUGCAAUGGCCAACCAUAACCAGUUCCAGCAACCCCAAGGAGUUGGCUACCCCCCGCAGCAGCAGCAGCAGCAGCGGAUGCAGCAUCACAUGCCACAGAUGCAACAAGGGAAUAUGGGACAAAUUGGCCAGCUCCCCCAGGCCUUGGGAGCAGAGGCAGGAGCCAGUCUACAGGCCUAUCAGCAGCGACUCCUUCAGCAGCAGAUGGGGUCCCCUGCUCAAGCCAACCCCAUGAGUCCGCAACAGCAUAUGCUCCCAAACCAGGCCCAGUCCCCACACCUGCAAGGCCAGCAGAUCCCUAAUUCUCUCUCCAAUCAAGUGCGCUCUCCCCAGCCUGUCCCUUCUCCACGGCCACAGUCCCAGCCCCCCCACUCCAGCCCAUCCCCAAGGAUGCAGCCUCAGCCUUCUCCACACCACGUUUCCCCACAGACCAGUUCCCCACAUCCUGGACUAGUAGCUGCCCAGGCCAACCCCAUGGAACAAGGGCAUUUUGCCAGCCCGGACCAGAAUUCGAUGCUUUCUCAGCUCGCUAGCAAUCCAGGCAUGGCAAACCUCCAUGGUGCAAGCGCCACGGACCUGGGACUCAGCACCGAUAACUCAGACUUGAAUUCAAACCUCUCACAGAGUACACUAGACAUACACUAGAGACACCUUGUAGUAUUUUGGGAGCAAAAAAAUUAUUUUCUCUUAACAAGACUUUUUGUACUGAAAACAAUUUUUUUGAAUCUUUCGUAGCCUAAAAGACAAUUUUCCUUGGAACACAUAAGAACUCUGCAGUAGCCGUUUGUGGUUUAAAGCAAACAUGCGAGAUGAACCUGAGGGAUGAUAGAAUACAAAGAAUAUAUUUUUGUUAUGGCUGGUUACCACCAGCCUUUUUUUUUUCCCUUGUGUGUGUGGUUCAAGUGUGCACUGGGAGGAGGCUGAGGCCUGUGAAGCCAACCAUAUGCUCCUGCCUUGCACCUCCAAUAGGUUUUAUUAUUUUUUUUAAAUUAAUGAAAAUAUGUAAUAUUAAUAGUUAUUAUUUACUGGUGCAGAUGGUUGACAUUUUUCCCUAUUUUCCUCACUUUAUGAAAGAGUUAAAAAGAACAUUUCUAAAACCAGAGGAGAAAAGGGGUUAAUGUUACUUUAAAUUUACAUUCUAUAUAUAUAUAAAUAUAUAUAAAUAUAUAUUAAAAUACCAAUUUUUUUUCUCUGGGUGCAAAGAUGUUCAUUCUUUUAAAAAUGUUAAAAAAAAAAUCCCUUUCUUCCCCUCAAGUCAACUUUUGUGCUCCAAAAAAUUUUCUAUUCUGUAAGUCUGAGCGUAAAACUUCAAGUAUUAAAAUAAUUUGUACAUGUAGAGAGAAAAAUGACUUUUUCAAAAAUAUACAGGGGCAGCUGCCAAAUUGAUGUAUUAUAUUGUGGUUUCUGUUUCUUGAAAGAAUUUUUUUCGUUAUUUUUACAUCUAACAAAGGAAAAAAUUAAAAAGAGGGUAAGAAACGAUUCCGGUGGGAUGAUUUUAACAUGCAAAAUGUCCCUGGGGUUUCUUCUUUGCUUGCUUUCUUCCUCCUUACCCUGCCCCCACCCACACACACACUUUCUGUAAAACUUGAAAAUAGAAAGCAAAAACCCUCAACUGUUGUAAAUCAUGCAAUUAAAGUUGAUUACUUAUAAAUAUGAACUUUGGAUCACUGUAUAGACUGUUAAAUUUGAUUUCUUAUUACCUAUUGUUAAAUAAACUGUGUGAGACAGACA